UGCAAAAAUAAAGACACAUGUGAGCAAGUGCAUCAAAAAUUAAAGGAAACUAUAGGAACUGAAUACGAAGCUGAAAGAACUAAUGGAAAAAAAUGAAAUAAACAAGAUUUUAAAAGUAGUUGGGCUAACUGAAAAAUUAGAUAUUUUGGAAGCAUUUCGAACGGAGGAGCAAAAGUUUGGGCAAACGUUCUUUUCGUGGCUUGGGCCUUAUCCAUUUCUAGUUGUUGCUGAUCCUCAAAUAGCGCAAGAAAUUUUAACUUCUCCUCACUGUGUUAAUAAAAGUUUUAUAUAUAACGCAUUGGAUGACGGUACUGGUAAAGGACUUUUUAGCUUAUCAAAUCCUAAGUGGACAACACACAGGCGUCUUUUAAAUCCCGCAUUUGGUCACAAAGUUCUCUUAAAUUUUAUUCCGACCUUUAAUGAAGAGGCAAAGAAAUUGUUGAAAAAUUUGGAAGUGCAUUUAAUGGAUGAAAUUGAUUUAACGAGUGUACUUCAAAACUUUACACUAAAGGUUGCAACACAGACGACAAUGGGUGACACCAUCUUCUGCGAUGGCUCAAAAGACUUUCAUGAAGGGGUAUUAAGCUGUUAUAAAUGUGUGCAGGAAUCAAUGACACAGAUGUGUUUUUCGCCGUGGUUAAACUUCAAAGCAUUUAGAUGGUUGUGGAAGAACUACUCGGCAUAUGCGGAGGCUAAAUUGGAAAUUCGGAAUUGCAUACGUAAAGUAAGUUUUGAAACGAUGAAAGUGAAACUGAAAGUGCUUCUGUUCCUGGUGUUCGUGAAAUGA